AUGGUAUGCAAAUGCACCACGAGGCACAAAGAGCCAACGUGUGCUUCAGACCAGACGUUAACAAGUACAUAAAUACAACAUGGGGAAAAUAGCAGUAUCGCUUUUAGUUGCCGCCGUAUGUCUAAACAUUGGAGGCAUUGAAGGCAUCCUAUUCGGCCUAUUACGAGGCAAUGGUCACGAAGGACGCCAUGGAUUUGGAAUCGGAGGGCGUGUAGAUUUAGGACAUGGCAUAGGAAUUGGAGGGCGUAUCGGUCUCGGGGGCCGUGGAGGUUUGAUAACUGGUGCUGGCCUCGACCUUGGUCCAUUUGGACGCAUUGGAGCGGGCGCGCAACUAGGAGGAAGAGGACGUGUUGGCCUCGGAGGGCGAGCAGGCUUAAAAAAUGGCGCCGGAAUUGGAGGGCGUAUCGGUCUCGGGGGCCGUGGAGGUUUGAAAGCUGGUGCUGGCCUCGACCUUGGUCCAUUUGGACGCAUUGGAGCGGGCGCGCAACUAGGAGGAAGAGGACGUGUUGGCCUCGGAGGGCGAGCAGGCUUUAAAAAUGGAGCAGGAAUUGGAGGGCGUAUCGGUCUCGGGGGCCGUGGAAGUUUGAAAGCUGGUGCUGGCCUCAACUUUGGUCGUUUUGGACGCUUUGGAGCGGGCGCGCACCUAGGAGGAAGAGGACGUGUUGGCCUCGGAGGGCGAGCAGGCUUUAAAAAUGGCGCAGGAAUUGGAGGGCGUAUCGGUCUCGGGGGCCGUGGAAGUUUGAAAGCUGGUGCUGGCCUCAACUUUGGUCGUUUUGGACGCUUUGGAGCGGGCGCGCACCUAGGAGGAAGAGGACGUGUUGGCCUCGGAGGGCGAGCAGGCUUUAAAAAUGGCGCAGGAAUUGGAGGGCGUAUCGGUCUCGGGGGCCGUGGAAGUUUGAAAGCUGGUGCUGGCCUCAACUUUGGUCGAUUUGGACGCUUUGGAGCGGGCGCGCACCUAGGAGGAAGAGGAGGCCGACGAAAUUAUAGAGGUGGAAGAAGAGGUGGCCUCUUCCAUAACAUUCACGGAGCCGGAGGCCGACGAAAUUAUAGAGGUGGAAGAAGAGGCGGCCUCUUCCAUAACAUUCACGGAGCCGGAGGCCGACGAAAUUAUAGAGGUGGAAGAAGAGGGGGCCUCUUCCAUAACAUUCACGGAGCCGGAGGCCGACGAAAUUAUAGAGUUGGAAGAAGAGGCGGCCUCUACCACCACAUUCUUGGAGCCGGAGGCGCUGGUAUUUACCAUGGUGGAGCCGGGGGUGCCGGCAAUCAACCAGGAAUUGGAGUAUCAGUUGGAGAAGGUAAGAAGUGCGGGCCUCUUUGUAGAAUGUUCUGCCCCCAUGGGAAUGUGAAAGAUGAAAAUGGCUGUCCCAUCUGCAAGUGCAAACCCAAGCCUGUCGAGGUUGUUGGUGGAGGAGAAGUAUCUGAAGGCAAGAAGUGCGGACCUCUUUGUAGAAUGUUCUGCCCCAAUGGGAAUGUGAAAGAUGAAAAUGGCUGUCCUAUCUGCAAGUGCAAACCCAACCCUGUCAAUGUUGCAUCUGGUGGUAAGGUGGAGGUCAACACUCUGGGUACAACCGAUACUUCAUCCGGCCAAUUUACCAUCGGCGGCGAAUUCGACAUCGACAUGUUCAAGGGGACCUGCCCCCCGGGAUCGAAGAAGAUGGGGAAUAUGUGCGAGAUUACCAGCACCGACCUCUUCCUCCCAUGGCUAAAGGCCAAUGCUGCAUCAUACGGGAUCCAAUACUCAUACACCCCUGUCAAAGUCGUGGAGGAGAGCGGCGCCUCGAACAGCGACUCGGACGAAGACGAUGAGGAUGAUUAAGUUACGAGAUUCCAAAUUGUUUGAAAUCAAUUCAAAAUUGCGUGUUAUUGCAUGUGAGACGACAAUAGAAAUCGAAAUC